GAGGCUGGCCGAGGUGGCGGGAAGUCGGGGGCGCCUCCGGCUCAGUUGCCUGGACCUGGAGCAAUGUUCCCUUAAGGUGUUGGAACCUGAAGGAAGCCCCAGCCUGUGUUUACUGAAGCUCCUGGGGGAAAAAGGCUGUACAGUCACAGAACUGAGCGAUUUCCUGCAGGCCAUGGAACACACCGAAGUUCUUCAGCUUCUCAGUCCUCCAGGAAUAAAGAUCACCGUACACCCAGAAUCAAAGGCAGUGUUGGCUGGACAGUGUGUAAAACUGUGUUGCCGAGCAACUGGACACCCUUUUGUGCAAUAUCAAUGGUUCAAAAUGAAUAAAGAGAUUCCAUAUGGAAAUGCAUCAGAACUUAUUUUUAAGGAAGUACAUGUAAAAGACGCAGGUUUUUAUGUCUGCCGAGUGAAUAAUAAUUUCACCUUCGAAUUCAGCCAGUGGUCACAGCUGGAUGUUUGCCAAGUCACUGACGUAACAGAAAGCUUCCAGAGAAGUUCGGAUGGCAUCUCUGAAUCCAAGUUGCAAAUCUGUGUUGAACCGAAGUCCCAAACACUAAUGCCAGGCAGCACAUUGGUUUUGCAGUGUGUGGCUGUUGGAAGCCCCCUUCCUCACUACCAGUGGUUCAGGAAUGAAUCACCAUUAACACAUGAGACAAAAAAGCUAUUCAUGGUGCCUUACGUGGAUCUGGAACAUCAAGGAACCUAUUGGUGUCGAGUAUACAAUGACCGAGACAGUCAAGAUAGCAAGAAAGCACAAGUCUUCAUAGGAAGAACAGAUGAGGCAGUGGAGUGCACUGAAGAUGAAUUACACAAUUUUGGGCAUCCUGAUACUAAAGAGCAUUCAACUGACCAGCCUUUGGCCAAGGACAAGGUUGCUCUUUUGAUAGGAAAUAUGAAUUAUUGGGAGCAUCCCAAGCUUAAAGCUCCUUUGGUGGACGUGUAUGAAUUGACCAACCUACUGAGACAGCUAGAUUUCAAGGUCGUUUCCCUGUUGGAUCUUACAGAAUAUGAGAUGCGUAAUGCUGUGGACGAAUUUUUACUCCUUUUGGACAAAGGAGUAUAUGGAUUGUUAUAUUAUGCAGGACAUGGUUAUGAAAAUUUUGGGAACAGCUUUAUGGUCCCUGUUGAUGCUCCAAAUCCAUAUAGGUCUGAAAAUUGUCUGUGUGUUCAAAAUAUACUGAAAUUAAUGCAAGAAAAAGAAACGGGACUCAAUGUGUUCUUGUUGGAUAUGUGUAGGAAAAGAAAUGACUAUGAUGACACCAUUCCAAUCUUGGAUGCACUGAAAGUCACCGCCAAUAUUGUGUUCGGAUAUGCCACGUGUCAAGGAGCAGAAGCUUUUGAAAUCCAGCAUUCUGGGUUGGCCAAUGGCAUCUUCAUGAAAUUUUUAAAAGACAGAUUAUUAGAAGACAAGAAAAUUACAGUAUUGCUGGAUGAAGUUGCGGAAGAUAUGGGUAAAUGUCACCUUACCAAAGGCAAACAGGCUCUGGAAAUCCGAAGCAGUUUAUCUGAAAAGAGAGCCCUGACCGAUCCCAUCCAGGGGACAGCACAGUCUGCAGAGUCGCUGGUGCGGAACCUCCAGUGGGCCAAGGCUCAUGAACUUCCGGAAAGCAUGUGUCUUAAAUUUCAAUGUGGUGUUCAGAUUCAGUUGGGAUUUGCGGCUGAGUUUUCCAAUGUCAUGAUAAUCUACACAAGUAUCGUCCACAGACCACCUGAGAUAAUCAUGUGCGAUGCCUAUGUUACCGAUUUUCCACUUGACCUAGACAUUGACCCAAAAGAUGCAAAUAAAGGGACUCCUGAAGAAACGGGUAGCUAUUUAGUAUCGAAAGAUCUUCCCAAACAUUGUCUCUAUACCAGACUGAGUUCACUGCAAAAAUUAAAGGAACAUCUAAUCUUCACAGUGUGUUUGUCGUAUCAGUACUCAGGACUGGAAGAUACUGUUGAGGAAAAGCAGGAGGUGAAUGUCGGGAAACCUCUCAUUGCUAAAUUAGACAUUCAUCGAGGUUUGGGCAGGAAGACUUGCUUUCAGACUUGCGUUAUGUCUAAUGGCCCUUUCCAGAGCACCGCGUCCCCCUCGGGAGCAGGGCAUUAUCGUUCAUCUCCAGACUCCUUCCACAGCAUGUACCAUUCUCAUCUCGGUAACUCGGGCGUUCUGCCGUCAGAUAGCUGUCAGUGCAGCCGGACUCCAGGCGCAUUCGUGUCGACUUUUCAUUCCCACCAUUACUCCUGCCAGUUUAGUCGAACUAACAUACCAGUAGAGACAACCGACGAGAUACCAUUCAGUUUCUCUGACCGGCUCAGGAUUUCUGAGAAAUGAUGACCUUGUUUUUGAAAGUUAGCACAGUUACUACAUGCCUGAGGUGAAAUAGUACUUAUGUGAAGUGAGGCAUUGUGAAAAAGCAAAUACAUGUGUAUCAGAGAGGAAAUUAGUAACAGCCGUCUCAUAGCAAACUCAGGACUUUGAGAUGUUGCAAGUGAAUUAUUUAAUCACAGCCUUUUCUUUUUCUUUUAAGGUUUUGUGAGUUGGUUGACUUGUUCUGUAAGAAUGAAGUUGAGUGUGUGCUGUAUAUGUACAUAACAAAAAUAUUUUUAUUUUGACCACUCUGAAGUAAAAGCAAUGGGAAUCAUA